AUGAAGGUGGGAAUAAAUGGAUUUGGAAGAAUAGGGAAGCUAGUGUACAGAAUCCUGAGGGAAAGAGGAGUGGAAGUCCCACUUGUGAACGACCCGUUUUUGACGCCUGAGUCUAUGGAGUAUCUUCUGAAAUACGACAGUGUGUUUGGAAGAUGCAGAGAGGAGUGCCGGCUCGAGGGCAAGAAGAUGGUGUACAAGGGGAAGGCCACCUCCUUGUCGAAGUUCCAUAGGCCCGAGGACAUCCCGUGGUCAGAGCAUGGAAUAGAUGCAGUGGUUGAAGCCAGUGGGGCAUUUACAACGCUCAAGGACUGCGAAGGCCACAGAGAUGCCAAGGUUGUGGUGAUUACUGCGCCAAGCAAGGAUGCGCCCAUGUUUGUGUACGGGGUCAACCACCACGACUACGUGUCCCAGAGGAUUAUUAGCAAUGCAAGCUGCACCACUAACUGCCUGGCGCCCCUUGCUAAGGUUAUUGACGACAACUUCGGGAUUGUCGAGGGAUUGAUGACCACCGUCCAUGCAGUAACAGCCACGCAGAAGAUUGUUGAUGGAACAGGAAGGUGCUACAGAAGCGGACGCUCUGGGUUGAGUAACAUAAUCCCUGCAAGCACCGGAGCAGCAACCUCCGUAGGAAAGGUAAUCCCGUCUCUUGCCAGCAAGCUGAAUGGGAUGGCCAUGAGGGUUCCCGUUCCAAACGGCAGUGUGGUUGAUCUGGUCUGUAGAACAAGAAAGGAGACAACCAUCGAGGGGAUAGCAGACGCCAUCGAGAAGUUCUCAAAAAACAAUGAGGGGAUCAUCGGAACAACCAGGGAUAGCGUCGUAAGCUCGGACUUCAUCGGAGACUCGAGGAGUUCGAUAUUCGACGUCACCGCAAGCAUUUCAAUGGGAUCCAACUUCUUCAAGCUCAUUAGCUGGUAUGACAACGAGUAUGGAUACUCGCACAGGGUUUGCGACAUGCUAGAAUAUGCAUACUCAAGGAAAAAGUGA